CCCACCCCCAGCCAGCAGCCAGCCAUGGUCCUCGACGCACUCGUGAACCGUCCCAACACCAUCGCGCAGCGCCAGCGCCUCUACCAGGCCGACGCGCGUCCCGUGUACCAGCGCCUGCCGCGCAGUCGCCUCUACAUGGGUCUCUUCAUGGGUCUCUUCACCGUCGGCAUGUACGGCACGCUGGGCGGUCUUUACAAUGCGGCGCACGUGAGUUACGCCGUGUAGUUCCCCAGCUUGUGGGAGGCUCGUUCUCGGGCUCGUACUCGGCUUCGGUUCUUUUUCCUUGGGGCGCGCAGUCCGUCGUUUGCUGGGCUGCCCUUGCGAGUCGCGCGAGCCUGGGGAAGGAGGGGCUGGCUAGGAAGAGGAGGAGAGAAGCGCAGGAGACGGGGAGGGGGAGAGAAGAGUUGGCUGGGUGGAGACCGAGGGGAAACAGUGGCGGAGGCAUCGGCCCGAAGGAGGCUGGAGGCGAGAUUACGAUGGGGCAAAUGGGUUGGCAGGGAAGGCAGGAGGUUAUCCUUUUGCGGGCCUUUUUGGCAGCGCAUGGUUGGGGUGUAGAUCAACCAAGCAGGCAGGAAGGUGUAGAGAGGGCGGGGGCAUUCGAAAGCUUGAGGUGUAGCGCCGGGAAAGGGUG